GUCAUACUUUUUUUGAUACAGCACACAGUUUAGUGUUUUUCCACAGAGUUUUCCACAGUUUCCACACUCCCCGAUUGUCGAAAGCAAACAAAAAAAGAUAUCGCGCUUAUACCGGCGGCCACCUGCAGUCCAUUGCCGAAUCGGAAUACGCCGAGAACAAGGAGAACCGCAAAAUCCACUCUGAAAUGCCCGUGAAGAAUGGCGAAUCCGAUGGCGAAGGCGACGUUUCUGGCGGAGAAUCGGAGCACUCGAAUUCCAGCCAGCCACACGACACCUCCGACGAGGAGGAGGCCAACGAAUGCGAUUCGGAUGACUCCUCCGAGUUGGAUGCCAGUGAAAUAGACCGCCGGCGGGCAGAGCACAUCGAGGAUUUGCUGAGCUUGGAGCGCCAAUUUAACGAGUUGCGGGAACAGUACUACGUCGAGCGCAUCAAUCUCAUCGAACGACAAUUGGCCGAGGUGCGUUCCGGGCGUUCCGAGGAGUUUGUCCAGCCGCAAAAGGAACUGGACAAGAAGUAUCGCACCAGGAUCGAGGUGGCGGACGUCCUGCGCAAGUACCGACUGCAGAAUAUCGAGCACAAAUACCAGUCCGAGGAACAAGCUGCCGUCCAGCACUUUGAGAGCGAGAAACACAUGGCAUUGGACAAUCUGCGCGAGGAGUUCAUGGAGCGCAUCCGUCGCCUGGAGGAGGAUCGCCACAACGUGGACAUCUCGUGGGCCGACUGGGGCACCGACAAGCGGCAGAGCAAGGUGCGCGGACCGGGUCGCAAGAAGGCCGUCACCGUCACGGGUCCCUAUGUCGUGUACAUGCUGCGCGAGGAGGAUAUCAUGGAGGACUGGACGAUUAUACGCAAGGCCCUCAAGCGAUCCUCCUCGUCGGCCACCGCUGCUGGCACAGUUACGCCCACUUCCGGCGUAAGCGUUAGCCUGUCCGGUUUGCCAGCAAUGGCAGGAGCUAGCGGAUAGCGUUGGGGCGUGGCAGCUGCCGCCUACGCCCACAUGACGCGUACCUGACGGCCGCGCCCGAGGAAGCAGCAGCCGUAGACGUUUAUGUAUCAGUAGUAGCCGUAGCAGAGCCCCCGAACCAGACUUCAAAUGCGUUCAUCAAAAUGGCUAAGCUCCGCCACCCAUCCUCACCUCCUUUUCCCGUAGAUUUUAGUACGUACGUAGUUUGUACGAGUCCCACUCUCAGAAUAUUGUGUGUGUGUGUGUGUGUGUGUGUCUCUCCCCUCCCCCAUACAGACGAUGUAUGUAAUUUAUGCUAAAAGAUAAGUGCAAAUAAAAGCGAACUGCAGCCAAGUGGGCAUGCGUUCAACAUAAAUUU